GCUCAGCCAGAGAGGACAGCAGAGCUGGGUGGCCUGAGCAGCCUGCUUGGGAACAGGUCUGGAAACCCGGUUCUUUGCCACACAGGGAGGACAGAGCAGGCAGCAGAGACCAUGGAGCCCCCCUCAGCCUCUCCCCACAGAGGACAUGUCCCCUGGCAGGGGCUUCUGCUGGCAGUUCUGGUCUCACCUUUAACCUUCUGGAACCUGCCCACCACUGCCCAACUUGCUAUUGAAUCUGUGCCCUUCACUGCUGCCGAAGGGACCGAUGUUCUUCUACUUGCCCACAAUGUGUCAGAGAACGUCAAAGGCUACACCUGGUACAAAGGGGAAAGGGGCAUUGACAGCCAUCAAAUCGCGAUAUACCUAACAGCCACUCAAGGAAUUAUCCCAGGGCCUGCCUACAGUGGUCGAGAGACGGUAUACCCCAAUGGAUCUCUGCUGUUCCAGAAGGUCACCUUGGAGGACACAGGAUUCUACACUCUGCAAACCAUAAGUAGCGAUCUUCAGGCUGAAAAAGCAUCUGGACACAUCUGUGUAUAUCGUGAAAGGAGGGGCUGCCCUCUCCUUACAGAUAAUCACCUGAACAAAGACACUCAACCUCUGCAGAGGGUCAGGGCCACUGUCUGGCCAACCUUACACAGCUCACUGUGGGCACCAGAGCUGCCUGAGGUCUCUGAGCAAAGAGCCUGGCCCAGGCCCCAGGCCGCAGGCCCACUAUCAGUGGGUCCUCUCCUCAGUUUACUCACAGAGUCUGUGACAAAGCCUUCCAUCCUGGCCAGCAAUGUGAGCAUCACAGAAGAGGGCCCUGUGGCCAUGACCUGCCUCUCAGGUGACACUGGAAUCUCCAUCACGUGGAUCUUCAGUAACCAGACUCUGCAGCUCACAGACAGGAUGCAGCUGUCCCGGAACAGGACCCUCAGCAUAGACCCCGUCAGACAGGAGGAUGCCGGGGAGUAUCAGUGUGAGGUCUCCAACCCCGCCAGUUCCACCAAGAGUGACCCUCUUAAACUAGCUGAGUGACCUUUAUCCCCUGCUAUGAAUUAAAUC